AUGACCCGUGUGGUGGUUCAGGGGAUGCCGGAGACGGUUCCGGUCGGAGGGGGAAUGAUGCUGAACCGGCGGAGGAGCAAAGCCAGGCGGAGAAAGCGAAAGGAGUUGUUCGGCGUCCAGAUGUGCUUCGCGGGGCUGCUGCUGGGGCUCGUCGUGGGGCUCCAGUCGGUGGCACAGAAAGCAGGAUAUCAUGUUUCCAGCUCCAUGGUUGUGGAGGAGGCGAGGUGGGAGAGUCGUCACCUUCUACAAGAAGACAAUGAGUCCAAGCUCUAUUCAGAGCCGGAGAAAAACUGCACUGAACCAGCUAUCCAUGAGUUCCCCAGGGAUUACUUCACCAACCAGGAGCGCACUGAAGGAGCAGUGGGUCUUCAUGUCCUCUGUGCCGUCUACAUGUUCUACGCUCUGGCUUUGGUGUGUGACGACUACUUUGUUCCCUCGCUGGAGAAGAUUUGUGAGCGUCUGCACCUGAGUGAGGAUGUUGCUGGAGCCACUUUUAUGGCAGCAGGCAGUUCAGCACCUGAACUGUUUACAUCUGUCAUUGGAGUGUUCAUCACUAAAGGUGAUGUCGGGGUCGGCACCAUCGUGGGUUCCGCUGUCUUCAACAUCCUCUGCAUUAUUGGAGUGUGCGGGAUAUUUGCUUUGCAGACAAUACGUCUCUCCUGCUGGCCUCUGCUCAGAGACUCUGUCUACUACACCUUGUCUAUAACUGCUCUCAUAGUGUUCAUAUAUGAUGAGAAAGUGGUUUGGUGGGAAGCUCUCACGCUGAUUCUGAUGUAUUUCGUUUACAUUUUGAUAAUGAAGAUGAACUCCUACGUUGUUCGUUUUCUGGAGAGGCGGAAGAAGAACUCGUCCAGUUUGAGGAAUGGUGCGGCCAGUAAUGCUGAACUGGACGAUGGCUGCGAUGCUACGGCUGUUCUGUUGAAAAAAGCAAACCACCACAGGAAGCCAUCCGUGCUGAUGGUGGACGAGCUGCUGUCGGCAUACCCCCACCAGCUGUCCUUCUCCGAGGCCGGCAUGAGGAUCAUGAUCACCAGCCACUUCUCCCCCAGAACCCGCCUCACCAUGGCCUCCCGAAUGCUCAUCACUGAGAGGCAGCGUCUGAUCAGCACACGGACUCUGACCAAUGGCGACUCUGAUGUCCCUGUGAAAGGAGGAAGCAGGCGGGGCAUAGAAAACGGUCUGUCUGGGGCCGAGAGGGGCAUCAAUGUACGCCACGAAGAUCGAGAGGCGGGCAAUGAGACAGAGAACGAGGACAACGAGAACAACGAGAAUGAUGAAGAGGAGGAAGAGGAGGAUGGAGAAGGACCCUUUGUACCCUUCCAGUGCCCAGCCGGUGUGGUGAACAAGCUGAAGUGGCUGCUGGCCUGGCCCCUGUGUCUGCUGCUCUACUUCACCGUCCCCAACUGCAACUCGCCUCGCUGGGAGAACUACUUCAUGCUGUCCUUUGCCUUCUCCACCAUGUGGAUCGCCGGCUUCUCCUACAUCAUGGUCUGGAUGGUAACAGUGAUAGGCUUCACACUCGGCAUCCCAGAUGUCAUCAUGGGCAUCACCUUCCUGGCAGCCGGAACCAGCGUCCCGGACUGCAUGGCCAGCCUCAUAGUGGCGCGACAAGGAAUGGGAGACAUGGCGGUGUCCAACUCCAUCGGCAGUAACGUGUUUGACAUUCUGGUGGGGCUCGGUCUCCCCUGGGCCCUGAAGACCCUGGCUAUCAACUAUGGCUCUGAUGUAAGUAGCACACUGCGUGUCUGACUUAUCACACCUCUCUUUCUCAGUGUCAAACCAGAACACACAGAUGUCAUAUGC